AUGGUCGUUCCUUGCCUCCUCCAAUUCGCUCUUUACAGCGUGGCAUAUGCCACCCAGGAGGUGUUGCGGCCUGUAUCGGACCAAAGUAAUGAAUUUCGCAUUGUUCAGAGCCACCAUUCCCCAGAUCACUCAAUUCGAAUCAAGCGGCAAAACGAGUCCAUAUGCGCAGCUGGCUCACCUCAAUACACCGGCUGGCUCGAUGUGGGCCACAAGCAUCUUUUCUUCUGGUACUUCGAAAGCCAGAAUGAUCCCUCUAAUGACCCAUUAACUUUGUGGAUGAACGGGGGCCCCGGCGCCUCUAGUAUGGUUGGCCUGUUCCAGGAGAUUAGCCCCUGUCUGGUGAAUGAACACGGCAACGGGACCUACCACAACCCCUGGGGGUGGUCCCGCAACUCAUCGCUCCUUUUCGUUGAUCAGCCUGUCGAUGUGGGCUUCUCAUACAUUGAUGGAGGACAUGAGCUGCCUCGUGACUCAAAGGAGGCUGCGGUUGACAUGCAUCGCUUUCUGCAGCUGUUUGUCUCUGAAGUGUUUCCUCACCUGCAGGAUCUUCCUGUCCAUCUUUCUGGGGAGUCAUAUGCGGGUCACUAUAUUCCGUACCUUGGCGCUCAAAUCAUACAGCAGAACGAGCUGUAUCCCAGCAAGCCACAGGUGCGGCUAAAGUCGUGUUUGGUGGGCAAUGGCUUCAUGUCCCCGAGAGAUACAUUCUUCGGGUAUUGGGAAACGCUCUGCACCACGAAUCCAGGCGUGGAGAAGCCCGUAUUCAACCAGACUCGCUGCGAUCUCAUCGCCUCGAACAUGCCUCGGUGCAUGGAAGUCAGUGCAGUGUGUAUCCAGAAUCCAGAUCCGGCUUUGUGCAGCGCUGCCCUCUCUGUCUGCUACGAGGGUGUAAUCGGUCUGUAUGAAGAUGAGUCCGGUAAAGGGGGGCGAAACAGGUUUGACAUCACGGCGCCCUGUGAAAUCGACGACAUGUGCUACAUCCAAGCUGCGCAUGUUGAACAAUAUCUCAACACACCAGCUGUCUGGAACGCUCUGUCACCCCCCAAACAGAUUACCGAAUACAAAAUGGUCUCGGAAGCAGUCAUCGAAGCCUUUGCAAAGACUUCAGACGGUAUGACGUCCACUUCCGAUCUGGUCGCCUUUCUCCUGGCAAACAAGGUCCAUUUCCUGGCUUAUCAGGGGAAUCUGGAUCUCGCUUGCAAUACAGCCGGGAACCUCCGUUGGGCGCAUUCGCUGCCCUGGAAGGGUCAGGCUGAGUUUGCCUCGAAGCCCCUACGUCCCUGGAGGUCGCCCGUUGCAGCGACAGGCCGGAAUGAGACGGUUGGUACCAUGAAGGAAGUUCGGGUUCGUGUGGGUGAUGCAGACACCGAGUCACGGUUUGCACUUGUCACUGUGGAUGGUGCUGGUCAUCUGCUCCCUCAAGAUCGACCGGAUGUAGCGCUUGACAUGAUGAUUCGGUGGAUCACUGGCGCGCCCUUUGCCUGA